AUGGCGCAGCGACAACAGCUGACUCCAACUCCGUACGAAAAUAGCAAAUCAAGACACGAUUUGAGGCUAUCCAGCUACCACCUGUUGGACAAUAUAGGGGCUGUAUACUACUACAUACUCGUUGUCCCGCUCCUCCUACCCUACAUCUCAAAUGAUCCGUACGUCAAAGUAAAACGUCGUCCACUUCAGCCGCUAAAAUUGGCCUCAGCCCUCCUCUCGGCCCUGCACGCCUACGUGCCCCUCAUAACCGCCAACCCCUACCUCAAAACAUAUCAGUCCCUUCCGCUCCCCUCCUCAUCUGUACCCUCGCCCGCUUUCUCUGACUCUACCCACCUACUCCCUACCCCUCCAUCCCUCACCGAUGACCCCCAAUUCUUCCAACCUCCAGGCCCGGACGGGUUCAACCCUCAAUCCUACCUCAUCACCGACUCCGUCCCCCUCUUACCACUCCCCGACUGGCUAGGCGGCGGUUCCCUGCUGGGAAGCAAAGAAGUCUCAGUACCCUGCACCUUCCAGAGUUUCGGGUACGGAGUCCGCUGUAAAGCGGUGGCGGCGGCGGGCGUGGUGGUGAGGAGUAGUUAUGAGGUUCGGCAUCGGUAUCGGCCUAAGCCUGCUCCGCAAUUACCAGCACAAGUACAAUCACAAGCACAAGCACAAGCACAGACACCACAGAACAAUGGCCAGGAAAGACAAGGACGGGAAAGUAAUGAAGGAUUGGGACAGGGACUUAGGGCUGGACUUAGGAAGGGAGGAAGUGACGACAUUGCCAACCAUAAAUCCAACUCCCGCCCCAACUCCAGUCCCACCGGAGGGCAAGGAGGAAAAAAGUUGUUAAUCAACAAAGUAACCGGCACCUCUAUCGAAAACUACGAGUAUGAACUAGUGGAGAUCGCCACAAUCGAGUGUCCGGCCAUUGUGCGGCCCUUUGUCAAAGCCAAGUUCGAAAAGGGCCACCAGGAAGUUUUGCAAAGGGUGGUGGACCGAGUGGUGGCGGGCUGGAUGGAGGAGUUGAGGUCAAGUAAGGGGACUGGGACGGCUUGGGGAGAGGGACGGGGACAGGGGAGGGGGAGGACUUUGUUGCAGGAAAUACAGCAGCAGGGUUAG